CUUAAAUCCCGUGCCCAAAAGAAGUAGGUGGGACGGAGGGAGUACUAAAUCACUGCAAUAAUAAAUUUUUAAUAAAAAUUAACACAAAUUGAUGCAACUUAGAGACAAUGCAAUCCUUCAAUGCAAAGCUCGGUGUACAUCCGAUGGCUGGCCUCAGGCACGGCUGAGAAACUGGGCGCGGCGGGUCGCGAGCCGGCAAAAAUGGGAAUGUUGAAGAAGAUCAAGAAGAAGCUGGGGCCAUCGUAUAGCGCAAUAGGGAUGCUUGGAGGGUGCAUUGUGAUGGCUAUACUGAUGGCAGGUCACACAGGGACGCAACAUGUUGUGCGGUCGCCGAUAGUGCAUGUCAGCAAGACCAAUAGGGGCUCCAUGCCGGAGGUCGACAACCCGGACGCCUACAUCCGAGCCGGCGACAACUUCAUCAACAAAUCCUUCUUCCGUAAGGUCGGCCACCUGCAGGAGACACAGUAUGGCGACUCUGGAGCCGCCAAUAUAUACACGCGCUCUCGUGAAAGUGAUACUUUGAGCACAGUUGGAGUGGUUGCGAAACAGUGAACGGAUGAUGCGUGUGUGUUCUUCUUGUUAAUCAAAUAAAUAAAUCGACUAGAAUUUUGAUAUAUUGUACUCCCUCUGCUUCCUUG